UUUCAAACCAUCCGGCAGCAAGUGGUUAACCCCUUUAUCUAUGAGGAAAACAUGUCUAAAAAUGUGUGCCAAGGGUCCUUUGAAUAUUCUACAAGAAUAUAAUAUCAAAUCGGUGCUCUGAAAUAUGUGAUUGCCGAGCUUUCGGUAAAUGUGUACCUUCUUCAGGACAAGUAGAUUCAGCUCAUAUUAGUGAAUUUCUUAGGAAACAGGUCAAGGCAGAUUUUGACCACGACUUUGGAGAUCUUAAAUGUGACAAAGCAGAUGAAAGGGUGUCAAGAGAUCAUCCGAAAUCAGAGGGUGUCCAUGCUGCCAGCGAGAAGAAACCCCCAGAGAAAUGGCCUAUCAAGUGUUACGUCUGCAAAUCCCCUCACAGAGUGAUGGACUGCCCUACCUUUCAGGAUUCUUCCCCCACAGAUCGUUUCAAGAUUGUGAAGGAACACCACCUCUGCUUUCCGUGUCUCAUCCAAGGCCACAAGGGUGAAGAGUGCGAGUUCAAGAAAAAAUGCGGCAAGAACGGUUGCUUGAGAAUGCAUCAUACUUUGAUCCAUUUCGAUCCCCCAUCCAGCAGUGCAGUUUCCACCUUGGACAAAGAUGGGAUUCCACCAGUUCUUCGUGUGAUUUUCAGAGCUGAGAAUGCCGGACCGAUUGACCUCAUCCAUGGAGUCCAGUACAGCCACCACCAUGCUGAAGAAGAGGUACAGGGCCUACAAUUUGAGCCAGUUGGAAAGAAGACUCCACUUGGGUGGUUUGUAAUUGAUCCAGACAAUACUAAGUCUUCUACUUCAAGAGUGUCUGUUAGCACCAUCAUUAAAGAGUGCCUGGAUUUUAACCGGCUGUAUGACCUUGAAACUUUGGGUGUAAGAGCACUUAAUUGUUCCUGUCCAGUGAACGGUAUGUCCAAGGAUGACAGAACACCGAUGGAGAUGUUUGCUAACUCCUGUCACAAGGAGGGAGACCGAUAUAUGAUUGGACUGCCGUGGAAGAAGGACCCUUCCCUCCUUCCAAACAAUCGCCCACUAACUGAGAAACGACUGGCAUCUUUGGAACGGAGCUUGUCCAAGAAUCCUGACAAAGCUAGCAUGUACGACAAGGCAGUCGGGGAGUAUGUGGAUAAGGGUUGGGCCGUCCAAGUGUCAGACAAAGCUGCUGAAGGACCUGUCAACUAUCUGCCCCAUCAUGGCAUAUAUCAACCAGAGAAGAUCAGCACUCGUUGAGAGUUGUCUUCGAUCCCGCCAGUCAAUAUCACAGAGUCUCAAUAAUUCCUUUCUUUACAAAGGACCAAAUCUUAUCAGAAACCAGUUUGGGGUACUGUUACGUUUUAGAGAGGAUCUUGUGGCAAUUGUUGGAGAUAUAUCCAAGAUGUUCCUUUAAGUUUUGUUAAGACCUGAGGAUACUGUAGUCCAUAGUUUUCUUUGGCAAAACCUUGACAGUUCCGAGAAAAACCGAAAUCUACGAGGGUCACAUUUGGCGACAAGCCUUCACCUGCUAUGGCCAACUUCGUCAUGCUGCAGAUCGCUGAGAAGUUUAAGUCCACCCAUCCUGAAGCUUCUUGUAUACUGCAGCAAGAUAGGUAUAUGGAUGACCUAAUUCAUUCCUGUCCAACCGCAACACAAGCUAUAAAGUUGACAUUGGAUGUAGACCUCCUUCUCAAGGAUGGCUCCUUUUGUGUGAAGAGAUGGUAUUGCUCGGCAUCAACUCCAGGUCAGGAGGACUCUUACAUUAAUCUGAACUGAAUCUGCUUACCCUGAAGAAGGUAAUCAGUUACCGAAAGCUCGGCAAUCACAUUGUAACCAGUUGACUUAGUUGUUGGUUUGGAAUGAAAGGGUAUUGUUUGUAAUCUGGGUUACUUGUAUUCAGGUUGGGUCACUCCACAGGCUUUAAUUCAUUAUGCAUGAGGUAUGGUCCCCUUUUGGCAUACACUGCAUUCUUAUAUUCUGGUGUGUGCAUUUAAGCAUAGACUUUGGUAUAAAAGGCCCUGGUAGGCAAUGAUUAUUGUCAUUCCUUCCUUGGCUUCUGCUCACUGCACCAGCUUGUUUGGUCUGGCUUGCCCCUGCCAUGUACAUGUAGUCUGUUGGGCGUGGCAUGGGGAUAUGUAGCUGGAAAUUGCACCACAUAGCAUGGGGAAUGACCAAUGCUGGGUGGAUGUUUAGCUGAGGUAUGUUACCUUUUCUUGCUGUAUAAUUAAUGACUCAAGUGGUGAUAUUUAGUGUACAAAUUUUUAUAUGUAAGGUGUUAUUUUAAAAUGACGUUGUUGAAUAUGGGUGUUAAAAUUGGUAUUAUCUUUACAGCUACACCCUCUUCCAAGUUGGAUUUUGCUCGCCAGGUAGUGCCGAUUUGAGGUUAAUUUUGUAGUCUUUUAAUUUGUGGUUAAUUGUUUUGUCGCUUGCGAUAGUCAUGAUUAAGAACCAUAAAUAAACUAAUGGAAAAUCA